GCCCGGGCCGCGGGCGCGCAAGAUGGCGGCGGAGAGGCUGCGGGCCCGCGUGAGCGCGGCCUUCCAGCUGCGCGGGCUGCUCCUCCGCGCUGAGUCUACUAAGUAUUUGGUAGAAGUCCUUCAAAAAGUUAAUGAAGUGGAACUGGAAGAUAUGCUAGAAAAUAUAAUUGAUGCUAUUGAAAAACAGCCUUUGUCAUGUAAUAUGAUUGAAAAGUCCAUGGUGGAGACAGCCGUGCUGGAGUGCGGCCAGACCUUAGAUGAAACCAGGGAACAUAGUUUCAACAUUAUUGGAGCAUUCGAUAUUCCGAGAUACAUUUACAAUUCUGAAAGAAAGAAAUUUCUACCUCUCUCGAUGACCAGUUACCCUGCACCCAGUCUAUUUGGCUCUGCCAGGGAUAAAGCAGAAUUGUUUCGUGAACGUUACAUCAUCCUACAGCAGAGAAUCCAUAGGCAUGAAUUGUUCACGCCACCAGCUCUUGGUACACACCCAGAGGAAAGCCGAAGUAAAUUCCAGCUCAAAACGAUAGAAACGCUCUUGGGCAGUUCUGCCAGAGUCGGUGAAGUGAUCGUGCUUGGGAUGAUUACUCAGCUGAAGGAGGGAAAGUUUUUCUUGGAAGAUCCUACGGGAGUUGUCCAGCUGGAUCUUAGCAAAGCACAGUUCCACAGUGGCUUAUAUACAGAGUCAUGUUUUGUUUUAACAGAAGGGUGGUAUGAAGAUGAAGUAUUUCAUGUCAGUGCUUUUGGAUUUCCCCCUACAGAACCUUCUGCUACAACUAGGGCGUACUAUGGAAACAUCAACUUCUUCGGAGGGCCUUCUUCAACCUCUGUGAAAACAUCUGCCAAACUUAAACAGCUGGAGCAGGAAAAUGAGGAUGCCAUGUUUGUGUUCCUCUCAGACGUUUGGCUGGACCAGGCAGAAGUGCUGGACAAGCUUCGCAUUAUGUUCUCAGGGUACUCCUCCAUGCCUCCAACCUGCUUUUUCUUCUGUGGGAACUUUUCUUCAGCUCCAUACGGGAAAAAUCAGGUUCAGUCGCUGAAAGGUUCCUUGAAAGCCCUUGCAGACAUAAUAUGUGAAUAUCCCAGUAUCCAUGAACGCAGUCGAUUCGUAUUUGUUCCUGGCUCUGAAGACCCUGGCCCAGGCUCCAUUUUGCCAAGGCCACCUCUUACCAAAAACAUUACAGCAGAAUUCAGAAAGCAGGUGCCGUUUUCUGUUUUCACCACCAAUCCUUGCAGGGUCCAAUACUGCACGCAGGAAAUAAUCAUCUUCCGAGAAGACUUGGUAAACAAGAUGUGCCGGAACUGUGUCCGUUUUCCUUGCAGCGGCUUGGAUAUUCCUAACCAUUUUGUGAAGACCAUCCUGUCCCAAGGCCACCUGACUCCUUUGCCCCUCAGUGUCAGCCCUGUCUAUUGGGCCUAUGACUACACCUUGAGAACCUACCCUCUGCCAGAUCUGAUUGUCUUCGCCGACAAAUACGACCCAUUCACUGUGACCAACACCGACUGUCUGUGCAUAAAUCCUGGAUCUUUUCCAAGGAGUGGCUUUUCAUUCAAAGUAUUUUACCCUUCUAACAAAACAGUGGAGGACAGCAAACUCCAAGGUUUUUGAGUCUCAAUGAAGAACAGAAAAUCAAAUAUUUGGGCUGCAACACUCCAGAAGCACAACUUCUAGGACUGUGGAUUUUUUUAUAGCCAAUGUUGAACUUCUUGUAUAUAGAUUUUCUAAUAAAGGACUAAAUUAAG